AUGGCCGCCCCGAGCGCGACGUGCGCCCGAGGAUGCGCGCGAUCGACGACGACGAGCGCGUCGGGCAUCAACGGCUACGUGCGCGCUUCUCGAGCUCGAGCGACGCGAAUCGCGUGCUCUUCGCUCGGUGAGGGCGAGAGAGGGAGAGAAGGGGGAGACGUCCGUGGCGAGAUCGGUCUCGCGAGGUUACCGAGGCCGAGCGUGCGCCGUGCGGUCGUGAGAAGAGACGCGAGGACGAGCGGGACGAGCGGGAGAAUCCAAGGGAACGUCGCGGGUGACGACGGUAGAGCGUGGUGGCGAAAUGUCACGGCGAAGGCGGCGGUGGAUGGGGGGUCAGAGUCGGCCGACGCGAGCGCGAGCGAGGAUUUCGGGAGUGAGGACGAGGGAACGGCGGGGAAGCCGGUGAACGUGUUGAAGACCUUCUUGCGGCGUCUGGUCAAGCCGCUGCAAGACUUCGGGUUCGGCCGCACGAGACUUUGGGAGGGUGGUGUUGGUUUAUUUAUCAUCUCUGGCGUCGCGGUGACUUUCAUCAUCUGGGGCUGGAUCCAAGGUUUGCUGAGCUUUGCAAGAAAGAACUCGUACCAAGCCUUCAUAGAGUUCCCGGUGGCGUGCGGCAUUCAAGUCGGCACGAACGUUCGGGUUCGCGGUGUCAAGGCUGGGACAGUGUUGAGCGUUCAGCCGAGUUUGGAAAAGGUGGACGUCUUGGUCGAAAUGGACGACAAGAACGUUCCCAUUCCUCGCAACUCUGUGAUUGAGGCAAACCAAAGUGGUUUGAUUGCGGAGACGAUCAUUGACAUCACCCCGGCUCUCCCCAUCCCGAACGCGCAGUGGGGACCUUUGGACUCCGGUUGUGAGGGCGAAGGUUUGAUCGUGUGCGAUCGCGGGAAGAUCAAGGGCGUGCAGGGUGUGAGCAUGGAUGAGCUCGUUGGUAUCUGUACGAAGCUCGCAAGAGAGAUGGAGAGACAAAACGGGGUGCAGCAGAUGUUCGCCACGACCGAAUCCGCGCAGCGCCUGAUGACGACUCUCCAGCCACUUCUCCGUGAGGCCGCCCAAAUCGCGCACGAACUUCGUCCCAUGAUGCAAAACGUGAACGAGCAAGGCACGUUGGAUACGCUCGAGGAUCUCGCCGGGAAGACGUCCGCCACCGUGGAAGAUAUCAGAAGGCUCAAGACGACCAUCUUGACGGACGAAAACCAAGAGCUUCUCCGCCAAUCUAUUUCAACGCUCACGAAGACGCUUCAGCACGUUGAGAAGGUUUCUGGAGAUAUCAGUAGUGUUUCUGGCGAUCCGAGCACUCGUACGAACUUGCGCCACCUCAUUCAGUCCUUGUCGAGACUGGUCGACGCCUAG